AUGCAAGCCCAACAAGGGCUAAGACUAUGGUGUCUGCUACUGGUACUGGUGGGCCUAGUAUACAGUGAGCCUUUUGCUACGAAUGAUGCUGGAAUGGAUUUCCUAUCACUGAAUGCUGAACAGCCGGGAGUCGUAGUGAUGAGCUCAGGGAUACAGUAUAAGCAAUUUAAGAUAUGAUUUUUUGUUGCACACCUGGUUAAUGAUAUGUGCAGAUAUACAUACAUAAUGACACUAUCUGUAUUUUAUAUGAGGGUAAUUAUACACGAACACACAAACAAAC